AUGAGCACUGUCGAAGACAAAAUGGAUAUUAACCAAAACAAUGUGGAUUUGUGUAAGUAUUAUAAGAAUAAUAGUACCAAUAAUAGUGAUGCUUUAAAAUAUGAUAACUAUUUUUUUAGAGAUUUUAAAAAAACAUUUUUGAAUUGUUAUAUUAAAAAGGAUAAUUAUUGUAAAAUAAUACUUAGUGAUGAAAGUAACUUACAAUAUGUUAAAUGGAUGAUUAAUUUAAUGAAUUACAACAAAUAUAAAAAAGAAAUAUUACUUCAAGUUUUAUUGGAUAUUCAAAAGAUAUGUAACAUCAUAAGUUUAUUUUUUAUUAAAAUAUAUAUUCAUAUCUAUAUAUACUUAUAUGCUUUACGUAGAUUGUAUUUAUCUGCAUUUUGCUUUAUAUUAAAAUAUCUCAUUAAAAAAUAUAAAUGCACAAUUUUAAAUAAAAUAGGGGAUAUAAAUAAAAUCAUCAAAUUAUCAAAUAUAAAAAAGGUAAAGGGUAUCGACAAAAAUGUAUCCAAUAUAAUAUUAACUCAUGAAAUAAAAUGUUCUCCUUACUAUGAUUGGUAUAAAAUAGAGACUAAUGAUAAAUUCGAACAAAAUGGGAAAACACAUUAUUACAGUAGUUUAAUUUAUCCUAAACUGUAUACAGGAAUACUUUUGGUUCCUACAAAUAAUCAUUAUUUUGUUUUAAAUAAAAAUGUUGAUAUUAAAAAUAGUAGCAAAAAAUUGUUAAUAUUAUUGAUGAAUAAUAUGGUGAAUUACUGUCAAAUCGACUAUAUUGAAAAUGUUUAUGUGUGUAAUCAAAUUAACAAUAAAAAAUAUUUUAAUAAAUGUGAAAAAAGUAAUAAUAAUAAAAAGAAUAGUACAAUAAUAGUUUGCAUAUCUAAGACAAAUAGAAAUUUCAUAAUAGUAGCUUAUAAUAUUAAUAAAAAAAAUUAUCCAUGUGUAAAAAAUAUUUGUGGAUUUAUAGAAAAACAAAGAAGAUGUUAUAAUACGCCAUCAUAUUAUAAAAAUAUGCGCGACAAAAUUUACAUCAAUGAUAAUAAUAACAACAAUAUUAGCUUUAGUCAUAUUAAAUACUAUUUAAAGCUUGACACAAAAAUUAAAAAAGAAAAAAAAAUCAAAAAUUCCCUUUUUGAUUUUAGGGAAAAUGAAAACCAAAGCAGUUAUAUUAUUUAUAAGAUUCCUAAUAAUUUAUGUAAAAAAAGGGAAAUUUCCAAAAUGUAUAAUAUAAAAUGUAAUAUACUCUAUGUUUAUUAUUUUUUUGGCACGAGACAAAAAAAUAUAGUUAGUGAAAUAUUAUAUUAUUCCUCUUGUAAAAAUUUAACAAAAGGAAUUUAUUAUGAAGAUUUUCAUCUACUAUUUUUUCUUAUUAAAAAAUUGUAUAUUUUCAGAAAACCUUUGUUGGUUAUAUGCUUAAACAAUUUUGAAGUAAUAAACUUUUUUAUUUCAGAUUCUAUUAAUGUUAUAUACUGUUACAAAAUAUUUAUAAAAAAAUAUAUUUUGUCAAAAAAAUAUAAUAUUAUAAGUAAAAGAGAUGUAAUGAUUACAUAUUAUUAUAUACAAUUUAAUUUGUCAAAAGAAAGAAAUAUUUAUCAUACAAAAAUAAAUCACAUUUUACUAAAUAUGUUAAACGGAUGGAUAUGCAAAAAAUAUGUUAUAAAAUUUUGCAUUGAAGAUUGUAUGAAAAUAUGUGCAGAACGUUACAUAAUAAUAACUUUUUUGAAGCUUUAUGCAAAGUAUUUUCGCACAUUUAUAAAUAGAAAUUUUGAUUUUUCCGGUUUGUUAAAUUGUAAUAUUAAUUUUAUAAAUAUCUCUAACGACAAUAAUAUUAAUGGUAUUGUGAAUAAUAAUAGUGACAAUAAUAAUAGUAUAAAUUUUCAUCGUUCUACAAAUUAUUCCAUAUCAAUUUUAAGAAAAAAACGAGGAAAAAAUAGACACCUGCACAAUUUACAAAAAUAUGUAUAUUUUAUAAUUUUUUACAAUAUUGUGUUACAUGUGAAAAAUAAACCUAUUAAAAAAAUAAAUAUACUAUUUUCAGAAAAAGACUCAUUAUAUGUUAUAAAAAAGUUAAGUAAUUAUGUGAAAAAAAAAAAAAUAUUUAUAUUAUAUUAUAUAUAUAAUAAUAUUGAUAUUUUUUUUAUAAGAGUUAAUUUCAAGUCAAAUAUACGAAGAAAUAUAUUUUUUAAAAUAAUAAUAAAAUAUAUUAAAAAUGUUGAAAAAUUAAAAAGAUAUGGUGAAAUUUGUUUUUUUAGUAAAAUUAUAAAUCGUGAAUUUAUUCAACAAAAGAAGGCCAUAAACACCUUUUUUUCCAUAUCAAAAAAAUUCUAUAAGUUUAAAUAUUAUAAUAAUUUAACUAAAAAAAAAAAAAAAUAUAUAUAUUUUUUUUUCAUAAUAAAAUGUAAUGAAGAAUUAUAUUCAAAAUAUAAAAGUAUGAAUAUAAUACGUAAUGAAUUUAAAGAAGAAAAAUAUAUAGAAAAUAGUGAAAAAAUUUUUAACAACAUAUUUAUGAAAACAUGUGUUAAACAGUGUAAUAAUAAAGAAAACAAUGACGAUUCCGGGAAAAAGACUGGAACAGAUAAAAGAAACACAAAAGAUGGUAAUGAUAGUGAAACGGGAAGUAAUGGAAAUAACGAAAAUAGUGGGAAUGAUGGCGAUGGUGGAAAUAACAGCGGCAAAGAUAAAAAUAGCAGCGGUAACGGGGAUAAUAAUGAUGAUAAACAAAAUGAUGAUAAAGACAAAAAAAACAAUAGAAACAAUAAGGAGCAGGAUAAAGAACGGAAAAAAAAAAAUGAUAUGAAAAAAGGAACACAAAAAAAUAGUGCUGAUAAUACUGAUAAAGAUGGAACCAACAAAACCAAUGAUAGUAAUGACAAUAAAAAUAAUGAAAAUGAUGAGGAUAAAGAGGAAAAAGAAAAUAAAGAGAAUAAAGAGGAAAAUGAAAAUAAAGAGAAUAAAGAGGAAAAUGAAAAUAAAGAGAAUAAAGAGAAAACGGAAAUCAAUGGGAACGUUGAAAAUACUUGUAAAAAAAGAAAAUGCGGAAAGGGCCUAACGAGAAAUAGAAACAAAGGGAAAAAUCUCAAUGAAAACAGUACAAAUAUAAUGUUUCAUAAAACAGAUGAAGCAUGUUCAAUUAAUGUUGAUUCUCCGAUAUUAAACGUUGAAAAAAAGGAUCCCGUGAAAAGAAGAAAAGAAAAUAAAAUAGAUAGAAAAAAUUAUAAUCAUGAAAAAAAUGAGAAAUACUCAUUAAAUAUGCUUAUUGCUGAAAAUGCACAUAAAAUUAUAAAAAAUGGAAGAGUAUAUAAACAGUUUGAACCUUGCUAUAAUCAUCAAACACAUAACAAUUUCAUGUUAAAAGAAUUGUUGUGGAUGAGUAUUGAUUUUUAUGAAGAAAAAAGGUGGAAAAAAAACGUAUCAAAAAGAUUUAGUUAUCUUAUGAAUACUAAUUUUUAUGAAAAACAAAAAAAUGAUAAAUAUUUUAUAUCUUCUCAAAUAUCAAACGAUAUAAAAAUGUUUUGGUUUUUUAUAUUAAAUGAAAUAAGACCUGAUUUAGUUCCAAUAGAUUUAGAUCAUAAAGUUAAAAAUAAAAAUGGUAUAAAAAAGGACUUUUUUCGCAUUAUUAAAAAAAAUAUAGAAUCUAAAGAAUCCAAUUUUAAAAAUAUAAUAAACAAUAUCAAUUUAAAUACUAAUAAUAACGAACUAAACAGUAAACAGUUAGGGAUGGUUAAUAAAGGGGAAAGAGAAAACGAUAGAGAUAAAAAUGAAAAUAAAGAUAAAUUUUUAAAUUCUGAAAACGAAGAUACAACAUCUCAAAAAACACAUUCUGGUAUAUCCAACAAACUACUUUCUCUGAAUAUAUUAAAUGAAAAAAAUAUGAAUCCUGAUGAAACAACAUCAAAAAAUGAUAAUAAUUCAAAUGAUUUAAAUAUUUUACCAAAGACCGACAAUAAUAUAAUUGAAGAACAUUGUCAAAACUUAGGCAGUAAUGAUAAAACUGUAAAGGUUUUUAAAAAUGAUGAUAAUGAAUUUGAAAACGGAUUAACAUCUUAUGAAGAAUGCUUAGCAAAAUUAGAGAAUAAUGUAAAUAAGGAAAUGUUGAAUAAGUAUGAAUAUAAUAGUAAAAUUUGUUAUAAUGAUUCAAAAAAUUGUAAUAAAAUAAAUGAAAUCAGUUAUAAAAAUACAUUUUAUUAUAAUGAAGAAUAUAGUGAUUACUAUGACAAUAAUAAUGAUAGAAAAUAUAAUGUAGCAUAUAAUGGGAUAUGUAAUAAUUUUAGAUAUUAUAAUAAUCAUAUGGGAAAUAAUAGUUAUUGUAAAGAUUGUAAUUAUCUCGAUUUAAGUGAUCAAUUAUACAUAUAUUGCUUACUUUUUAUAAGUAUUUCUCUAAUUGAAAUUAAAGAAAAUAUAUUUUAUAACAUUGAUAAUAUUUCAAAUGAGGAUAAAGUAACAAUAUUAGACGAAGAAAAUGAUACACAUAUUUCGAAGGCAACAUAUUCAAAAAUAUAUGCCAAAGAUAACUUUGCAAAUGAAGAACAACAGACAACAUCAGGGGAUGAUAAUGUCAAAAAUGGAGAUAUCGAUCAAAGUAAUGAUAAUGACAAAAAUAAUAACUAUAUGUGUAAUGGAAAGAUGGAAAUAAAUGAAGAAAAUAUUAAUUGUGAUGGAAAAGAUAAAAUGACCAUUGAAAACAAAGCAAAUGAGAUUCAUGCUAAUGAAGGCAAUGAUGGAAAUAAUCAUAAUGCUGAAAAUAUAAAAAAUGAGUGUAAAAAAAUUGAAGAAAAUAUUAAUCAGUUAUGUGAAGUCACCGAAAAAAUAAAUGAAAAUAAAAUUUUAAAAAUGAUAAAAAAAGAAAGCAAAAACAGCACAGAACAUUAUAAUGAUAAGUCAUAUAAAGAAUAUAAAAUUAAUCAAAAUGGAUAUCAUAAAAAUUAUAAUAUUUAUGAUAAUACAAAUGAUGAAGGUUAUAAAUCUAAUAAAAAUUACCCAGAUUAUUAUGACGAUUUAAAAUCAAAUGUAAAUUAUAACAAUAAUAAUAGCAGUAACAAUAUGGUACCAUUUCUACCCGCGUUAAGUAAUAUAGACAUAAAAGAAUUAAUAGUAAUUCCGUAUUCGUUACCACAUGAUAAUAUAAUAAAUAAAGAAACAGCAUAUAGUUUAGAAUCAGAAAGAAAAAUGUAUGAAUGGAUUAAUGAAAUAAAGGAAAGAAAUAUAAAUAUAUAUAUGAACAAUAUGGAAUCAUAUGGAGGUAAAUCUUAUCCUUUUGAAUUUCAUAAUAUAGAUAAUUAUUAUAAUAAUAUUAAUUUACCAUUGACAAAAUUAACUGAAUAUGAUGAAUAUACCUUUUUCUUGUAUUUAUUUUAUAUAAAAAAUUCGCCAUAUAUAUUAAAAAAACAAAUACAAAAAGAUAAAAAAAAACGGAAACGUGAUUUGUCAGAUAUUACUCCACCAAAAAAAAGAGCUUCUAGACGUAAGCUAAACAAAGAAAGCGGUGAAAAAGAAAUCGAAAUAAUUCGAGAAUCUGAAAAAGUUACAAAUAAUACAGAAGAUGUUGAUUCAAAGGGAAUAUCCGAAAUAAAUUUAUUGCAAACAAAUAAUAAUUCAAUACUAAUAAAGGGGGAAGAAAAUAAAAACUUUUAUAAUAAUAAAUUAACUAGUAAAAAUGUAGGUGAAAUAAAAAAAGACGAACCUCAAUUCUCUAAAGAUAAUACUGAAAAGGAAAUAAAAUUAUGGAAAGAAAGAAAAUUAGAAUGGACAAAUGAUGAAAUUAAUUUUUUAUUAAUUUUGGCAAAUACUUAUAUAAAUUAUAUAAAUAUCGACACGACUACACAGAUAAUGGAUAAUAAAGGGACGAAUAUUACUAUUAACAAUAAUAAUAAUCAGAAUGAAGUAUAUAAUGCAGAGAAUAAUAAUAUAACAAUAAAGAACACUCUUGAGGUGUCAUGUUCAACGACCGUAGUAGAAAUAGUUCAAAAAGAAAACAAAACCUUAAGUAACGAAAAUGAUGCAAAAAAACUAAACAAUAUCAACAAAGAAACACCAAAUGAAUGUAAAUCAGAAGGCUUGGGAAAUCUGCAAAACAUUAAAAUGAAUAAUCUGAAUGAUUCCAUUUUAUCUACCGAAGGAAAGUUGGACAAUACAAAUAUCUCAACUCCCCAUUUUAAAAAAAAUAAUGAGAGUGAUAAAACAAUUGAAGAUAUGAAUUAUGUUUAUUAUAUUAAUUGGACAAUAAUAUCAUUAGCAUUAACGUCAUAUAAUAAAAUAAAUAACAUUUGUGAAAUACCAAAAAGUGCAGAGGAAUGCCGAGAUAAGUUUUUAUCUUUAACAAAAGAUAAUAAAUAUAAAAAUUAUAAUAUAUAUAAUUUACACGAAAAUAAUUAUAUUAAUCCAAAAAAUAAUAUAGAUAACAAAAAAAGUUCAAGAAAAUUAAAAUUUUUAUCCAUAUUCUCAACUACACGAACUAAUACGUUAAUCGAAGCUUUUAACAAAUAUAUGAAUAAAAAAAUAGAAAAAUACAAACUAAGAAAAAUGGCUCGUACCGAAAAAAAAAUGGAACAUGGGCAAGAAGUUAUAAGGAGUAAAGGUGAAAUGUUAAAUGGAGAUAAAUCAAUCGAUCAAACAAACUAUAUAAUAAAGACUAACGAUUUGAGAAAUAGUAUUUUCUGUGAUGAAAGUGAGCAAACUGAACUUUUAAAUAACACGUUAACAGAAGAAAUGACACAAUCAAAUUAUAAACAAACUAGCAUUUCGAGCAAUAGUAGUAGUAAAAAUGAUAGUAUGAGGAGUAAUAUACAGAAUGAAAUUUCUGAAACAUUAAAGGAUGGUUCCUUUUUUAAUGAUAUAAAUUUAGACACGAAUAUGAACAGAAAAGAAGAUUUUAUAAAUAAUUUAUUCAAAGAUGUUUCUGUAAAUAAUUAUGAAACAUCUGAAGAAGAUGCAGAAUGUGGUGAGGAUAGUUUUUUUAGUUAUAGUGAUGUUGGUUAUUGUUCAUCUGGGGAAUUAUAUAAUAACAAAUCAUCCAUAAAAUUAGAAAAUAUGGUAAAUAUACUAGAUAAUUUAGACAAUGUGGAAAAACUCAAAAUUGAAAAUAACGAAUUAAGGGAAAAUACAAACUUCAAAGUAAAAGAAAUACAUGAUGAUAUUACAGAGGGAAAAAACAAAAUUAAUGAUAAUUGUGAAUUUUUGGAUGGAGAUGAGAAAAAAAUAUAUAAUAACAUAACUGAGGGUGAAAUUGAAAACAAUAUAAAUGAUAAUAAACCUAAUUGUUUCAUAGAUGUUACAAAGAAAUAUUCAGGAAUUACAUCAAAUAAAAUAGAUGAUAAUUAUGAUAAUAUGGAAUUACAAACUAACGAAAGUGAAAAUUAUCAAACAAACGAUAGUAAGAUGGUGAAUGACGUAAAAUCUGAAAUAUAUAAAAAUGAUAACGAUGGAUGCGCAAUAAAAAUGAAAUGCAAUGAAAAUGGUAUAUAUUCAAAUAAUGCUGAAAAUAAUUCUUAUAAAACUUGGAAAUAUUCAUCCAAUUUUACAGGUUCAAUGAACGAAUUAAUUUGUUAUGACAAAAUAAAAAAGCUUUUGAAUACUGUAUGUAAGAAUAAAAAGAAUGUGAAUGAGUUUAUAUCAUUACUAAAAAAUGAAUAUAUUAUAAAAAAUCCCUAUUUUUUAAAAGUAAUACAAAUUUUUAUAAAUAAUGUUAAACCAGUUAUUGGGUAUUAUGACAAUAUGAUAGAUUCUGUAAAUGGAAAAUCUGAUUACAUUUAUUCGAAUAAAGAAUAUUUAAAAGAUUUGUGUAAAAAUAAAAUAGAUAAAGAAUUUGUUAAAUUUAUAAGAAAAAUAAUAGAACAUGAUAAAAAACAAAAAAAUAAGUAUAUCGAAAAAAUUACCAAAACAAUUCCAUAUCAAAACAAUAUUAACUCUAAUGAAUUAAUUAUAAACUCUCCUAGCAAUUCAUAUAAUACCGUUAAGAAUUUAUCGACAAAAAUUCUUAAUUAUGUUCCAUAUGUGGAUGAUAAAAAAAAAGGAAACAUUAAACAAAUGAGCAAACGAUUUAACAGUAAAAAUUUGGUAUCACAAAUAUUAUUAGCUGAUUAUAUUGUAGAUAAAUUAAAAACUUUUCCGAUUAGUGAUUCAUCAACAUCUACUUAUAAUAAUAAAACUAUUGACGAUCUAAUAUCAGAAUAUCAUUUAAAGGCAUAUACAGAAUAUAUUAAUGAUAAUUUUAACGAGAACAGUUAUGCAUCUAAAUUAGAAAAAUCAUAUGUAGAUGAUCCAUCGACAGAAAUAAAUGAUGAAUCAUCGAUUAAUGCAAGUUUAGUUGAUAUCAAAAAUAAAAAUGUAUCAGAUGUUAUGAAAAAUAAUGAAAAUGAAUUAGAAGGAAAAUUUGAGAUAAGCAAGAAGUUUUCCGAAAAUUUUGGACACACAUCAUCAUGUGACCAAAUUUCUAAGAAGGAAAAUUCUUUAUAUAACAAAACAACAGGAGAUAAAACUGAGAAUACUUUCAAUAUAUUGCCUACUUUUGGUAAUAAUACUCCAAAUAAUAAGUUUGCCAAUAAUAAUAAUAGUAAUAAUGAGACUAUUGAUAGUAUCAAUGAAAACGUCACUGAUGCUAAUUUGGGUGUAAAUCACGAAAAAAAUAUCGAGAUGGAUGCAAAAACUAGUAGUAAUAUGACUUUAGGAAUAUUAGAAUAUAAUAAAAAUAACACCAAUAUAAAUCCUGAUAAUGUACUUAAUAAUAAUACACCAAAUGAUAAUAAUCAAGGAUUAAAAAAGUUAAAAAAAUUAAACUCUGAACCUUCAGUGAAUCUUUACAACGAUAAAAUAAUUGAUUUGGGAAACUAUACGAAGCAAAUAAAGAAUUCUUCAAAAACACAACCGAUACGAAAAAGCACUGGAACGACUAAUAAAAUAACGAAAUAUAAAACGUCCACAAAUUUGUGUAAUUAUUCAAAUAAUAAGGGUCGAAAAAAUAAUAAUAACAAUAGUAAUAGUGAUAAUAACGUUAUAUUGAAUUAUGCGCAAAAUAUAAAAUGGCCAUCAUUAAAUAAAUUUGAAACACAGACAAAUCCAAUAAAUAACAAUAACAAUGACUAUAAUAAUUUUUAUAAAGAAGGUACUCCUGUUUUUGAACAAUUGCCCAUUUCACAUGAAGAAUCAAAUAAUAAGCAACAUAUGUGUAACGAAAAAAUAAAUUUAACAAGAAAAAGACAAAAAACAUCAGAUAAUAAAUGUAAUAAUUCUAUUAAAAAUGUACCAAAUGAAAGUUUAAUCAAAUAUCCAUCUAACCAACCAUAUUACCAAGUUAAGAAUAUUCAUGAUAGUUAUUUUAAUGAUAAUAAUCAAACACCAAUGAAAUUGAAUACGCGUAUACCUAGCACUGAUAUAAGUGUUAGUCCAUCUUCAGCAAUAAUGUAUGAACAUAUAAAAGGCUCAGAUAUUUCUGAUUUGGCAAAUAGAACAGAUUUAUUAUGUAAUGGGUCUCAACCUGGAAAUAAUGUACCUUUAAAUAUAAUAAGUAGCAACUCAAGUAGUAGCAACGGAAUUAGUAAUAACAACAUUGGUUUGAAUAGUAGUAGUCACCUUAACAACAUGGGAGGUGUGAUUGUUGGAGGUAUGAAUUCGAGUAAUAGCAAUCAUAUAAUAAAUAAUUUUGCCCAUAAAGGUGGCGAAGAAGGUGAUAAAUUUGUUCCAUUUUCUUAUGGAGCUUUACAAAAUAAUAAAUACGUUUCUCCGAGUCAGGGAAAUAAUCAACUAUAUUAUAAUAAAGCACCUAUAUAUGAAUCACCAGAUAUCGCUUCAAAUAAAAUUGGAGGGAAUAAUACGAUGAAUAGUUAUAAUUCUAGAUCUGCAGAUAUUUCUUCGAAUUAUUUUAACUCAAGAAUUUUACAUUCGUUAAGUAACAGUAAUAAUAUUAAUAAUGUUAAUUUAAAUGUUGAUAAAAACGGAUAUUCUGCUAAUAUGAGAGAUCAUAUAGGAAUUUCACGACGUUCAUCAACAUCCAUAUUAUAUUCAGAGACAAAUGAAAAUAACGAAAAUAUGAUUUUUAUGAAAUCAAGAUCUCCAAGUAAUUAUCCUUCACCAUAUAAUCCCAAUAAGGGAAUAAUCCAUGAUAAUGAUAGCUCAAAACCCUAUUAUGAUUCACAAAUAUUGCAACAACAGAUGCAACACCAAACACAGCAAUCAGCGCAGCAACAAUCCCAAAUAGUUAGUAACACAGAUAUGGUAAAUAAUAUGGGCAUGAGUACUAACAACGUUUUGACAAAUAACAAAGAGGAAUCGAAUAACGACCCCUCAAAUAUCUCUGAGGCAAAAAACAAAAAUGUUAUUUAUCAUAAUUAUGCAUUAAAUAAAUACUCAAGCAAUAGUGUAAAAAAAUUAAGCCAAAUUAAUAAUCAAAAUGGUUCAAAUAUCCAACCUGGUUAUCACAAUAUAAAUUAUGAUCAAAUAAAUAAUAAUUAUAUACCUCAGAAUAUAAUGAAAAAUCAUAAUGAAUUAAUAUCUUCAAAUAAUGAUAAAAAAAAAAUGGUUUAUUAUCCUACUCAUCCUAUUCCUAAUUUUGCAAACAUAAAUAACGUACCAUUAGAAAACUUAGAUAAACAUCAUAUUGCUUUUUCAAAUGACUCAUUUAAUAGAAAUAUAAAUUAUCUCAAUCAAAUGAAUCUAGUAAAAUUGGACCCCGUGUCAGAAAAAGAAAAUAUGAGUACGGGUGUAAAAAUAGUUGGAGAAAAAGUACAACAUACACAACAAUCGAUAAAAAAUAAUACCCAGCAUAAUGAUAUACAUAAUUCUAUCAUAGAAAAUAAUUUAGGGCAAUCAAAUUACGCAGUUAAUAUGAUUAAUAGUGGUUCAUUAAAUAGCUCAAGCAAUCUCAUUAUCGAGGGAACUCCUAAUAAUGAUAUGAAUGUUAAUGUUAAUAAUCACCAUAACUUAUCCCCUAUACCAUCAAACUCCAUGCAACAAUCACAAAUAAAUAUCGACCAAAAUAACAAUUAUAUGUCCAAUGGGCAUGAAAGAGAUCCAGCAAGUCGUAUGCAAUUUACCCCUAAAGGAUCUGUCAUACCAGUUCCAAAUCAACAAAAUAUUAAUAUAAAUAAUCAAGGUAUUAAAUAUAAUGAGAUAAAUGCACAGAAUAUAAAUCAACCAAAUAAUUUAAAUUCAUAUAUUAACCAAGUUAAUUUUAUUGUUCAAGUAUUAAAUAAGAAAAAGGGUAAUCAAAAAGAUAAUAUACCACCUAAUAUAAAUCAACAAAAUAUGGGAAAAUAUAAUGUAGACCAAACAGUUGUUAAUACCUUAAAUUUGAAACAGGGUAACUUUGCGAAUCCAAACUUAAGUCAACCACAUAAUAAUAAUGUCAUACAAAAUGGAAAUAAUAAUAAUAAUAAUAACAAUAAUAUGGGAUUACCUACUUAUCACACACAAGCAAAUAUAAAUUUACAAAACAUAAAAUCACCAAUGAAUGAUAACAAUAUAUCAAAUAUGCUCAAUAUGGGUAUGAGAAACAAUAUGCCUAAAAAUAUUAUACCAAAUAUUCCUCCAAAUAAUGUAUUCGUGGCUAAAGAUGUGAUUCAACAGAAAAUACUACAACAACAACAACAGCAUAAAAUGCAACAAGAAUUAAUUCAUAAAGCUCAUAAUGAUAAAGAGAAUCUAGUAAAUUCCCAGAUGCAAUUUUCUGAAGAACAAAUGCAGCACCAAAAAUUAUUGCAAAAAAUGAAACAAGAACAAUUGCAAAAACCAUUACAACAAAUUCAUCCACAUCAAAUUCAAACACACAAUAUGAAUUCGCAACAACAGAUACCUAUUCACCCAAUGCAACAAAAAAUGCAAGCUCUACAAAUACAAUCCCUUAUAAAAGCUCAACAAAUAAAAAAACAAUUACACCCUAGCCAAUUACAACAACAGCAGAUGCAACAGAAAUUACACCCACAACAAAUUCAUCCGCAACAGUUGCGCUCACCUCAAAUACCUCAACAACAGCUAACACCACAACAAAUGCAACAAAUGAAAAUGCAUAAUAUACAGUUCCAGAAGCAUGAAAUGAAGAAACAUAUGGAACAGUUACAAAAAAAUAUACCAUAUAACCAACAAAAAAUUCAUCAAAUAUAUAAUUUGCAACAAAAUAUAAUAAGUAAUGAUGAAAAAAAUGAUAAACAAAAUAUGCAUCGCCAAAUUAGUAUGGGUAUAAAUCCUCAAAUUCAAAAUAUGCAUAUGCUACAAGCAAAAAAUAACGAUGAAUUAAUUUCAAAGGAGAAUUUAAAUAAUAAUUUAAAUGAAAAUCCGAUAUAUGCAGUAAAUCGAACAUUUUCAAAUAAUAUAAAUAAAUUUAAAAAUCCUGACAAUUUUUAUCCUCAAAAUGCCUUUCACCCAAACCCAUCAUCAAAUAAAAUGGAUGUAAAAGAUAUUAGAAAUAUAGGAAAUAAAACAUUAAUUGAAAAUGGUAUCGUAUUAAAUCCUUCUCAGAAUAGAGCAGAUAUAUCUAAUAAUAAUAUUACAUCUCAUAUUUUACCUAUUAACAUGGCAUCAUAUAAUUCUCAAAAUAUGCAAUGUAAAAUAAAUAUUAAUAAGAAUAAUAGCAAUUCACAAGAAAAUAAUAAUUGUUGA